AUGUGGAAUACCCUUUCAGCAGCUUUACGGUCUAAUCGCGAUAUUGUAUUGAAUGUCGCGUCAAGUGGUAUAGCAAGCCUACUUCUACCAGGUGGUAGAACUGCGCAUUCAAGAUUCAAAAUUCCAGUCCAAUGCAUUAAAACAUCGAUUUGUAACAUUGAGAAGAAAGAUGACCUUGCCGGUUUGUUGAAAUUAACUAAGUUGAUUAUUUGGGACGAGGCUCCAAUGGCUAACAAGUGGUGUUUUGAAGCCCUUGACAAGUCAUUGAAAGAUAUCAUGGGUACUACAGAAAAGCCUUGUGAACAAAUAUUUGGAGGCAAAAUUGUUGUAUUUGGUGGUGAUUUCAGAAAAAUUCUACCUGUUGUGCCUAGAGGAAUCCGUUCUGAUAGUGUUCAUUCUACAAUAAAUGCGUCAUAUAUUUGGGAACAUUGCAAGAUGUGGGAGAUGGAAAAAAUUUCAGAACCAAAUGAUGGUUAUGCUGAAAUAACUAUUCCACCAAAAUUUUUACUAAAGGAUUUUGUGGAGCCAAUUGAGAAAAUUGUAACAAGUACUUAUCCAAACCUAUUUGAAAAUUUCACAAAUCCAGAAUUCCUUCAAAGUCGAGCAAUUCUAGCUUCAACUAUAGAGAUCGUCGAUGAAAUUAAUGAUUACAUUACAAAUCUUCUUCCAGGUGAUGAGAAGGAGUUUCUAAGUAGUGAUACUAUUGACCAGGGCCGGCCCAAUAUAUUUGGAGGCCUAAGGCCUUAG